AUGGGAGGAGCACAAGCUUUGAAGAGAAUACCUCGCAUCAAAUUCCCUCAAAGACACUCCUCCAAAUCCUCAGGUAACGGGUCACAGCCGCAAGAAGCAUUGAGAGCUGGAAAUGCUGAUCAAGAUUUCUUUUCUAGCAUGAAGGUUUCAACAUCUGUUGGAGGGAAAGCUUCUCUUCAGCCAAAACGAACACCGAUUUCGAAUGAGGAGAUUGAGGCGAUCUUGGAGAUAGAGAUUGCUAGUCUUGGUGGGAUGCUACCGUUUGGUGUUAACUCUAAUUUCAUUGAAGUGCACGAAGUGGCAAAUGGAAUUGGAAUGUGUUGGGUGGAUGCAUCUGAGCUUCUCAUGGAGCUUUGA